AUGAGGAACGCAACAAACAGCUUGAUAAACCAAAGGCGGAAUGUCAAGGGAUGGAGACAACUCGAAAAGUUUGAGCAGGACAUUCAAAAGGAGGAGGCAGCUAAGCUCAGAGAACACGAGUUCAACAGAGAGUUCAACACUCAGUGGAAGUUUGAAUUUGAGAAGCGCGAGCUGAAGGCCGAGUGCCAGGCGCUUAAGACUGAACGCGAACAACUGCAAGACAACUUCCCUCUCAGCGAUAUUAGGCAGAAGGUCGCCGAGAAACAAACAUGGCGGAGAAGAGAAAGGUUUAAGAAGACGCUAAAGGCGGCGAAUACAAAACUCAAGGAGGUCAAGAACGAAGAAAAAAAGGUUAAGCGGAAGCGCGCUUAG